UAUUCAAAAAUAAUCACAAAAAAAUUUAGUUGUCAUUGCCAGAUUUGCCUAACUGGAUGUCAAAAACUAAUUCCUAUUUAAAACUCUGAAUUUCGAUCUAAAUCCCUAGAAAAUUCCGCCCCACCUCUCUAAUUUUCUCUCUCACUUCCUCUGUUCUUGAAUCUCUGGAGAAAUUUCUCUCUUUUAGAACUUAAGGAGAAGAAGAAGAGAUAUUUCUCUAAUGGCGGAUGGAUCAGAUAAAAGUUGGAUAUUAAUGGUAACAGCACAAUCGCCAACAAAUAUUGCAGUAAUAAAAUACUGGGGGAAAAGAGAUGAAACCCUUAUUCUUCCAAUAAAUGAUAGUAUCAGUGUUACAUUAGAUCCAGAUCAUUUAUGUACAACAACAACUGUCGCUGUUAGUCCCAAAUUUGAGAAAGAUCAGAUGUGGCUUAAUGGAAAGGAAAUAUCCUUAGCUGGUGGUAGAUUUCAAAGCUGUUUGAGAGAAAUUCGAAGCCGUGGAACUGAUUAUGAGGAUCAAGAAAAAGGGAUUUCUAUUAAGAAACAAGAUUGGGAGAAGUUGAAUGUUCACAUUGCUUCUUUCAAUAAUUUUCCAACUGCUGCUGGUUUAGCUUCUUCUGCUGCUGGAUUUGCUUGUCUAGUGUAUUCCCUUGCAAAACUAAUGAAUGUGAAAGAAGAUCAGGGGCAGCUUUCUGCUAUAGCAAGGCAGGGAUCAGGCAGUGCUUGUCGCAGUCUCUAUGGUGGAUUUGUCAAAUGGGCCAUGGGAAAUGAUCCAAAUGGAAGUGAUAGCAUUGCAAUUCAACUUGCAACUGAAGCGCAUUGGGAUGAGCUUGUAAUUAUUAUUGCAGUGGUAAGUUCUCGACAAAAGGAAACAAGCAGCACCUCAGGAAUGCGUGAAAGUGUUGAAACAAGUCCUCUUCUCCAUCAUAGGGCAAAGGAGGUAGUGCCGGAACGCAUAGUGCAAAUGGAAGAAGCUAUCAAAAAUCGCGAUUUUCCAUCAUUCGCUAAGUUAGCUUGUGUUGACAGCAAUCAGUUCCAUGCAUGCUGCUUGGACACAUCUCCCCCCAUUUUCUAUAUGAAUGAUACUUCCCACAAAAUCAUCAGUUGCGUGGAGAAAUGGAACCGGGCUGAAGGUACACCACAGGUGGCUUACACCUUUGAUGCGGGUCCAAAUGCAGUUCUAAUUGCGAAGAAUAGACAAGUUGCUACCCUUUUGCUCCAGAAGUUGCUAUUCUAUUUUCCUCCUGCUUCAGAAACCGAUUUGUCUAGUUACUUGAUCGGAGACAAGUCAAUACUUAAAGAAGCUGGAAUUGAAACAAUGAAGGAUGUGGAAGCUUUGCCACCACCUCCAGAAGUCAAAGAUAACAUCCCAUCCAAGAAUGCAGGUGAUGUCAGUUACUUCAUCUGCACUAGACCUGGAAGAGGUCCAGUAGUUUUCAGCGAUGAAAAAGCUCUUCUCCACCCAGAAACUGGGUUGCCGAAGUAAAUUAUAUCUGAUGAGGUUUUCUGUUUUUUAUUGUUCUUUUCCUUCGCGGCUUUCCUUAUCCAAUACCCCUGCCAGAUUGGUUUAAUCAGGCUACCCUCAGUAUGUUAGGCUUGUCAUUGUAAUUGGUUUCUUGACCUGAUCUCUGCUUGAGUUAUUUUUCUUUCUCAAUUUGUAUUUGAUUUUUUUUCAGUUUGGUUUUAAUGUCAUAAAGGGUUGUUGUACUGUUUCAGUUGGUUCAAGGACCAAGAUAAUAAAACUGUUAUUUAAGAACUA